UUCAACCAAGCAGAAGUCACACUGGCUCCAUCUAUUGAGGCUGAAAUAGAUCACUUGCCAAUGUUUUAGAGCAUGGCUACAAAUUCAAAAUGUGAAUUAAAACCAAGAUUUCGAAACAGGCAUGGUGAUCAGUAAACAGAGAUUACUAGAAAAGUUCAUUACUACUGAACAGAAACAAAAGGCUUGUCAAGACAGCUCGUUUUGGGGCUACAAUACCUACACUGAAAUCUGGUAGUGGGUCUGUGACAAGUUUCCCGGGGUCAGGUGGUGGGACACUGCUGUCCUUGCUUAGUUCAGGUGUCAACAAUGCCCUAGUUUUUGCCAAAGUAAACAUGAAAAGCUGCACCAAUGGCCUCAGGUAUGAGCAGGGUGUGUGAAGCUGCAUCAUAAGCCUUAGCCAUGAGCAGGGUGUGGAAAGGUGUGCCAUUGGCAUCUGGCAUUCAAAGGGUGUGGGAGGCCAUGCCACCAGCCUCGAGCAAGAGCAGGGUGUGAGAGAGCACUGGGAAAAGCUUUAGUGGGUAGGCAGUCUUGUGAGCUUUUGGAUAACAAUCUGCUGGAGAGCUUGUCGGCCUCUGUAGGAUGACUGGAAGGGCCUUGGCUGAGGGUUACCCCAUCCUCUCCAGCUCUCCUCACCUUCAAUUAGUAGUUCUUUCCACAAAAAACUUCCUAGGGGUCUAAAACCUGAGCCACUGUAAGAUCCAUUUCAAAAGGCUUAUAAAUCCACCUGUGGCUUAGGUGUGCUGAUGCAUAUGCAGUUAAAUGUUAUAUUAAAAAGCGGAAAAACAAAUCCAAAAUAUGAAUCAAAUCCUGAAGCAGGGAAUAGGUCAGGCAAUCAGCAAACAGAGUUGACUAUGCAGGGUUAGGACAUGAAAAACAGAACACAAGUCAGGGUUGAAACCAGAGUAUUGAACAGAAACAAAAGGUAGGUAAACAGGUAGGCAAAUGCUGAACAAUACUUUGCACUGAACAAAGAAACACAAGGGUUUAAAUACACAAACUGUUUUAAAGGGGUACUUUGAAAACUGAGUGUAAUCAGGAAACAUGAGGAGGCCAACCAAGGACAAGACAUGGGAGCAGGCAAGACAUGAAUCAACCUUACGUAGCAAUGUAAAAACAAACCUGUGUCAUUGAAGACAAACAUUCCAAAGCACUGCAACCUGCAAUGUGCACUGAACACCUCUGGAUGCAACACUGCACAAGGGGCAAUUAUGUGCUGGCACAACAUACUGUAUAUUGGAAAAAAUUGGUAUGUAAUGUACUAUAUUUAAUUUUACAUUUGGGAAUCAGAGAUCAUUUCCAAUGCCAGUACCAUAGGUAUUAUUUUGAGUUCAAAUUCUUUAUCAAUGGAACCAUUUAUUGUACUGUGAUCUAUUUAAUGGAAUAAACUUUUAGCUGUACAAGCACAAAAAAAAAGGUCUGGCCUGGUUUGUAGACCAAGAUGCACAUUAUUUAAUAUCCAUCCAUUUUCCUUCUUUACAUGUCAUAAAGGCAAAUUAUUUUGACCACUUUCUGGAACUAUUACCCUGAAUACAUUUUUCUGAAUCAGAAACAAAAUGUCUAUAGUUCCUGUACUUUCUUGUUGAUUGUGAUAUGUAUUAAAUUGUGUAAACAGUAAAGAUUUUUCCAAGUACACUUUGCUAACUUGUCAUUAAGAACACUGUUUUCUUCUGACUGUUGUGAAUAACAUGUUUGUGCAAUUACAUGCCUAUAAGCAACUGGAAACUGAUAUUCAAAUACAGUUUUCUUUAAGACAAUCAAACAUUCAAAGUGAAUAAAUAUUGACCCUGUCGGAGUUAAUGGUUGCACCACAAUGUGCAUAAAAUCACAGGUAAACAAUUUAGGCCCACAAAAACUUAAACAAAAUUAAAGGCUAAAAUAUAGCCACACACAAAACAAAUCAGAAAUCUAACAAAUUCAUGACAUGAGAUAAGCCAUGUUUAGGCAAAAACUGUUAUCAAAUGUAUACUUGCAUGUCUAUAUGUAUGCAUUAAUUUAUUUGUGAUACUGUGUAGGGACAACAUUGAAUGCUGUUCCAUUUUUUAAGAAUGUAUCAGCUUCAAAUAAGUGUCUGGGCAAAGCCUGAGUGAGCAGGGGCACUGGUAAUGACAGUUGCACUGCCGGCUACUUUGUUAAUAACGCUAACCACUUUCUACAUGUAAAUGUUCAAACCAUCAGUGGUUCUUUAGAUUUUCAUUGAAUUCUUCAGGCUGUGCCACGUGUGGAGGAAGGACCUUGGGGGAGUGGGUAGGUGGGCAGCAGGUUCCCAACAUUAAAUUCUUAUCUGUUUAAAAUUAACAAUAACGUCUUAUCUCCAAAAGAUAAUCUUUAAAUUCAAAUAGGUUCUGCUCCUGAAACCUUAUUACUCUUAAAGCUUUAUUUUGACUCAGGAAUCCCAGGUUGGAUGGGAGUGGAAACAAUUGUUAUUGCACUGCAUUAUAUGCAGUAAAAGAAAUGGUUAUCUAAGAAUAGCUACAUGAACUAGUUAAGUAACAUUAACUAUGUAUCCUGUUGUUACACAACAGAAUAGAAUUUCUUUAUUUUCAUUGUACACAGUAUAAUGACAUUAUGAUCCACCAAUCUCCUCAUGAUUAAUGAUUUUAAAAAACGAUAAAAAGGAGACAAAUGCAUUAGAAUAAGUACCAUAAAAAUGACACUGGUUCAUAUGUACAGUAAUAUUGAGCUCAUGUUAACGAAAUGGUGCCAUGUAUAUUGUGUUGUUAUUAUUGAUGUAUUUUUGGCUAGAGAAAUACUUUAAGAAUGUUGAAAUCUAUGUUUGUAAUGUAUUAGAAAAGGUUGAACAAUAGAAGGGACACUGACAGUUUGUGUUGGUUUGUGUUUGUGACAUAUUAAGCAAAACCAAGAACACCACCUUGCCAACCAUAGAUGGAAAUUAGGGACCAUCUAUUUGGGUUUACUCUUUACUUUGUGGCACUACUGCUCUAUGAAACCCGGGUACUAUAAAAUCAGUUACCUAGUAUUUAAUAAAUAUUGAGUAUCGCAGAGCAUGACACUUCAGACGCAACUGUACUUCUGAUUUCUGCCAUGAAUUGCGCCCGACUUUUGGUCCAUUUGGCGUUCCAUAGUGCACACAGACACAUGGACACGACAUGGAUUCUGAAGUGAGCGUGAAAAGUAACCAAUACUUUCCCUCUUAAGCAGCUUGAGCAGAGUGUAUAGGGUUCUUUAUCCACAAACAAAAAUGUCGACCCCAAUUCGAAGCCUGACUAGAAAAUCUCUGAUGCGAAUAUAAACUUAGAGUAAGAGCUGAUCAACAGGUAAAAUGAACUCUCAGUGACAGGAUUAUUUGGAGGUCUGCAAAAUGUCGUGCAUUUCAAGAAGCGCGCACGUGCUGUAUUUUCAGGCGGAAAAGUGGAUUCUUUAUGUAAAAAAAAUCGUGUCAUGUUUUUAAUGUAUGAAGGUCGAGCGCAUUUCUUGAAUUGGCUUUGUGCUCGCCCCUCUGGUUCGGCGCGAGCGUCUGCGCACGUCAGUCUGGGGAGGGCAAUGAGAUGCUGCUUAUUAAUGCUGCGCGCGCGACAAGCAGGCUGCCAGGAGCAGAGCCGAGCAGACCGCCAGCGCGCGGAGGCAACGGCGGACAAAAGACCGCGCGCGCGCGUCUAACGGCGCGCGGGUGGGGAGGGUCAGAUAAAAUGCGCGAGAAAAAAACAGUGACGGCGUGAAAAAGGAAGUCGGAGAUUUAAAAACAAAAAAACAAAAACCAAAAUACACACACACACACACACAGAAACACAUCAAGGACUCGUUGGGGUUCUACUGAGGCGACACGACGCGGAUCUAAAGCGCGCGGACACGGCGAGGCCGUAGAAGAAGGCACCCUUGUUUGGGCUCUGGGGGGGGCGAAAGAUGACUGUGGUGCCCGGGGAGAACCUGGACGAGACGGUGGCCUUGGCCGCUCUCUGUCACGAUGCUUACGAGCCGGAGAGGUCGGACCAGGAGUGCUGCGAGCGAGUGGUCAUCAACAUAUCAGGCCUGCGCUUCGAGACGCAGCUCAAGACUCUUGCCCAGUUCCCAAGCACUCUGCUCGGAGACCCGAGAAAGCGGAUGCGCUUCUUCGACCCACUCAGGAAUGAAUACUUCUUCGACCGCAACCGGCCGAGCUUUGAUGCCAUCCUGUAUUACUACCAGUCAGGCGGGAGACUUCGGAGACCCGUCAACGUGCCCGUGGACAUCUUCAUGGAGGAGAUCAAGUUUUACGAGCUCGGCGAAGACGUGAUCGAGAAUUUCAAAGAGGAUGAGGGCUUCAUCAAAGAGGAGGAGCGCCCGUUACCGGAGAACGAGUUCCAGCGUCAAGUCUGGCUCUUGUUCGAGUAUCCGGAGAGCUCCGGUCCCGCCAGAGGGAUCGCGAUCGUCUCCGUGCUCGUGAUCUUGAUCUCCAUCGUCAUCUUUUGCCUGGAGACGUUGCCCGAGUUCAGGGAGGACAACAGAUCGUACGACGAGCAAAUUCCGAUUAACGGUACAGUGAGCGAGAACAAAGCGAAUCCGUUCACCGACCCGUUUUUUAUCGUGGAGACGCUGUGCAUCAUCUGGUUCUCCUUCGAACUGGUCGUGCGUUUUUUGGCGUGUCCGAGCAAGGCGGCUUUCUUCAAAAACAUCAUGAACACUAUCGACGUGGUGGCGAUCAUGCCGUACUUCAUCACGCUCGGUCUCGAGCUCGCUGAGCACCAGGGCAACGGGCAGCAGGCCAUGUCGCUGGCUAUCCUGCGCGUCAUCCGGCUCGUGCGCGUUUUCCGCAUCUUCAAGCUCUCGCGCCACUCCAAGGGCCUUCAGAUCUUGGGCAAGACGCUACAGGCGAGCAUGCGCGAGCUCGGCCUUUUGAUCUUUUUCCUCUUCAUUGGGGUCAUCCUCUUCUCAAGCGCAGUCUACUUUGCUGAGACGGACGACCCCGAGUCGGGCUUUAGCAGCAUCCCGGACGCUUUCUGGUGGGCCGUGGUCUCCAUGACCACUGUAGGUUAUGGAGACAUGUGCCCCGUGACCAUUGGAGGCAAGAUCGUGGGCUCGCUGUGCGCCAUCGCCGGUGUGCUCACCAUCGCGCUUCCUGUUCCUGUGAUCGUGUCCAACUUUAACUACUUCUACCACCGGGAGACCGAGCACGAGGAGCAGCUUCAGUACACGCACGUCACUUGUGGUCAACAGCAGCAGCAGCAGCAGCAGCAGCCCGGAUACGGAGAGUUCGGCAGGAGCGAGAGCAAACCUUCCCUCUCCAAAUCGGACUUUAUGGACUCGGAAGACGCGGAGUCAAUCAAGUACACAAACUGCAGUCCCCAUAAAGCCUACACGGGGAAACUCACAGAUGUAUGAGUGCAAAACGCAAAAAAAACUAAAAAGUGACCCGCAAAAACACAGGCGCAUUUCUGUGAGCACAAUUUCCUCAUCCUGCGCUCCGGCUUGGUGAAGAUCUGGGUAUCGAGCUUGUUGAUUAUCAGGCGUCCACAUGCGCACUAUGUGGAGUCAUUUUUCAUUUUAAGACUCGUUUGCAGCGGAUUAAUAAGAGGAAGACGCGAAAAUGGGAUACUUUCAUACAGUACUUUUGCUUUCUUUCUUUUUCAAUAUUGUCUUCCAUGUUUGCGAUCAUCGAUAUUGAUAAAAAAACAACAACAACAACAACAUAAGGAAGGUACUGCAUCUCUAGCCUCAAAAUAGAAUGAUAUAGGCAAAGAAAACAACUCUAGGCAAAAUAACCAAGCCCGACCUCUCGGAAUAGCACUUUAACUCAUGUACUCUUAGUAAUAAAUAAUUUAUUAGGCUAUCAGCUUCGGUGGAUGUGGGGUUUUAAAGUUUACAUAUGAUUUUUACCAAUUCCGAAGCGCAAAGGACCAAUAUAUCUAAAUCAUAUUAUAUUUUUUAUUAUAGAUUUAUUCUAAGCCUGGUGACUGCGACUGCAAGGUCACUCGGUGUUGCUCCCUCAUGUUUUGGUAAUGCUCCUCAUUUUUUCCAUGGCUGUAAAGGUCGGCUGUCAUGAUCAGUAGGCACUUUUCGACGAGCACUUUCUCUAUAUUCAAUGGUCAUCCUAAUCACAAUUUGUACCCCAUUUUUAAACCGGUUUCAUACCCGUUUACACUUUAUUUAUCCUGGAGUUAAAUUUAAUGGCAUCUUAUUGCUUAUCAUCCAAAUAUA